GCGCGGGGAGGUGGGCUCUGAGGGAGGAGGUCGGGAUGGUGAUCCUGGGGAGAGUCAGGCAGCCCUCCUACAGCUCUGUCGCGCUGUGGAAGAGUCUGGACCUGGGAUCUGGGGGCAAGGAUCGGCUGUGGCAGCGGGCUCCUGGGCCAGGCCCCGCGUGGCCUUGAGAACCCGAGCCUUGGCUGGAGCGGGAGCCGGACAGUGGCCUUUUGUCAGCCCCCUGGCGCCGCGCUGGAGUUCUCUGGGGUGACUUUCAAGAUGGACUCGACCCUAACAGCAAGUGAAAUCCGACAGCGAUUUAUAGACUUCUUCAAGAGAAAUGAGCACACCUAUGUUCACUCAUCUGCUACCAUCCCGUUGGAUGAUCCCACUUUGCUCUUUGCCAAUGCAGGCAUGAACCAGUUCAAACCCAUCUUCCUGAACACUAUUGACCCCUCUCACCCUAUGGCAAAGCUGAGCAGAGCUGCCAAUACCCAGAAAUGCAUCCGGGCUGGAGGCAAACACAAUGACCUGGACGACGUGGGCAAGGACGUCUAUCAUCACACGUUCUUUGAGAUGUUGGGCUCUUGGUCUUUUGGAGAUUACUUCAAGGAAUUGGCUUGUAAGAUGGCUCUGGAACUUCUCACCCAAGAGUUUGGCAUUCCAGUUGAAAGACUUUAUGUAACUUACUUUGGUGGGGAUGAAGCAGCUGGCUUAGAACCAGAUCUGGAGUGCAAACAGAUCUGGCAAAAUUUGGGGCUGGAUGACGGAAAAAUCCUCCCCGGCAACAUGAAGGAUAACUUCUGGGAGAUGGGUGACACAGGCCCAUGUGGUCCAUGCAGUGAGAUCCACUAUGACCGGAUUGGUGGUCGGGACGCAGCACACCUUGUCAACCAGGAUGACCCCAAUGUGCUGGAGAUCUGGAACCUUGUGUUUAUCCAGUACAACAGGGAGACUGAUGGCAUUCUGAAACCUCUUCCCAAGAAAAGCAUUGACACAGGGAUGGGCCUGGAGCGACUGGUGUCUGUGCUGCAGAAUAAGAUGUCCAACUAUGACACUGACCUUUUUGUCCCUUACUUUGAAGCCAUUCAGAAGGGCACAGGUGCCCGGCCGUACACUGGGAAAGUUGGUGCCGACGAUGCUGAUGGGAUUGACAUGGCCUACAGGGUGCUGGCCGACCAUGCUCGGACCAUCACUGUGGCCCUAGCUGAUGGGGGCCGGCCUGACAACACGGGGCGGGGGUACGUGUUGAGACGGAUUCUCCGCCGCGCCGUUCGAUACUCCCAUGAGAAACUCAAUGCCAGUAGGGGUUUCUUUGCUACGUUAGUAGAUGUUGUUGUCCAAUCCCUGGGAGAUGCAUUUCCUGAGCUAAAGAAGGACCCAGACAUGGUGAAGGACAUCAUUAAUGAAGAGGAAGUGCAGUUUCUCAAGACUCUCAGCAGAGGGCGUCGUAUCUUGGACAGGAAAAUCCAGAGCCUGGGAGACAGCAAGACCAUUCCCGGAGACACUGCUUGGCUUCUCUAUGACACCUACGGGUUUCCGGUGGAUCUCACUGGACUGAUUGCUGAAGAGAAGGGCCUGGUGGUAGAUAUGGAUGGCUUUGAAGAGGAGAGGAAAUUGGCCCAGCUGAAAUCACAAGGCAAGGGCGCAGGUGGGGAAGAUCUCAUCAUGCUGGACAUUUAUGCUAUCGAAGAGCUCCGGGCAAAGGGGUUGGAGGUCACAGAUGAUUCACCAAAGUACAAUUAUCAUUCGGACUCCAGCGGUAGCUACAUGUUUGAGAACACAGUGGCCACGGUGAUGGCUCUGCGCAGGGAGAAGAUGUUUGUGGAAGAGGUGUCCACGGGCCAGGAGUGUGGAGUGGUGCUGGACAAGACCUGUUUCUACGCCGAGCAAGGAGGGCAGAUCUAUGACGAAGGCUACCUGGUGAAGGUUGACGACAGCAGUGAGGACAAAACUGAGUUUACGGUGAAGAAUGCUCAGGUGCGAGGAGGGUAUGUGCUACACAUAGGAACUGUCUAUGGCGACCUGAAAGUGGGUGAUCAGGUCCGGCUGUUUAUUGAUGAGCCCCGACGGAGACCUGUCAUGAGCAACCACACAGCUACCCACAUUCUGAACUUCGCCCUGCGCUCUGUGCUUGGGGAGGCUGACCAGAAGGGCUCAUUGGUCGCUCCUGAUCGCCUUCGGUUUGACUUCACUGCCAAGGGAGCCAUGUCCACUCAGCAGAUCAAGAAGGCCGAAGAGAUCGCUAACGAGAUGAUCGAGGCUGCCAAGCCCGUCUAUAUCCAGGACUGUCCCCUGGCAGCAGCGAAAGCCAUCCAGGGCCUGCGGGCUGUGUUUGAUGAAACCUAUCCUGACCCCGUGCGAGUCGUCUCCAUUGGGGUCCCAGUGUCUGAGCUGUUGGAUGACCCCUCUGGUCCUGCUGGCUCCCUCACUUCCGUGGAGUUCUGUGGGGGGACGCACCUUCGGAACUCAAGUCAUGCAGGAGCUUUUGUGAUCGUGACUGAAGAAGCCAUUGCCAAGGGUAUCCGGAGAAUUGUUGCUGUCACAGGUGCUGAAGCCCAGAAGGCCCUCAGGAAAGCGGAGAGCUUGAACAAAUCUCUGUCUGUCAUGGAGGCCAAAGUGAAGGCCCAGACUGCGCCAAACAAGGACGUGCAGAGGGAGAUCGCUGACCUUGGUGAGUCCCUGGCCACCGCGGUCAUCCCCCAGUGGCAGAAGGAUGAAUUGCGGGAGACUCUCAAGUCCCUGAAGAAGAUCAUGGAUGACCUUGAUCGGGCCAGCAAGGCUGACGUCCAGAAGCGAGUGUUGGAGAGGACGAAACAGCUCAUCGACAGCAACCCCAACCAGCCCCUCGUCAUCCUGGAGAUGGAGAGCGGCGCCUCCGCCAAGGCCCUGAAUGAAGCCUUGAAGCUUUUCAAGACGCAUUCCCCUCAGACGUCUGCCAUGCUCUUCACUGUGGACAAUGAGGCCGGCAAGAUCACGUGCUUGUGUCAAGUUCCCCAGAAUGCAGCCAAUCGGGGCCUGAAAGCCAGUGAGUGGGUGCAGCAGGUAUCAGGCCUGAUGGAUGGCAAAGGUGGUGGCAAGGAUGUGUCCGCCCAAGCCACAGGCAAGAAUGUGGGCUGCCUGCAGGAGGCGCUGCAGCUGGCCACUUCCUUUGCCCAGCUCCGCCUGGGAGCUGUGAAGAACUGAGGAGUGCUGCUACCACUCACCCUGGUGCAUCAGUCCAGCCAGGCGCUCUCUGUCUACUGUCAGGACAUGUGAAUCCUGGGACCUUUAAAUAGCCCCGUCCGUCCUCCUAACCCAGCAGUGACUGGGACUCACCCAGGAGCCGUCCUGGGACUCAGGGCCCCUUUGCAUUUGUGCCCUGGGCUCUGCAUGUCAGCACCACCUGUCUAGAACACUGACCCAAGGAUUGUUACUGUCGUCACGUGUCUAUAGACGCAGCUCUCCAGACCUGGGGCUUCUGGGUCUGCAAGUAGGAAUCAUUUUUGCUGCAGGAAAUAAAAGGACCAUGUGCAAUACUUGA